AUGAGCGUUCUUCCAGCUGAGGUUCAUGCAACUUUGACCAAUUUAUUGCACAGUCUUCUUUCUGACAACGUUUCAAGAAACGAAGCUGAAAAAUCGCUUGAACUGGAUUGGUCAAGUAAGCAAAAUGUCGAACUAUUACUUGUUUUCUUAGCAGAACAAGCGGGUCAGGGAGAAACCGAUACCAUUAAGGCAUUUUCAGCGGUUUUAUUCCGAAGAAUUGCCAUCAAAUCACCCAAAGAGCUCACGAGCGUUACCGAUAGAACUAUUGGUGUUAUUAGUGAUCCAGCAAAAGCUCAAAUUAGAACACUUUUGCUCCAAGGGUUUAGCUCGCCCCAGUCCAAUCCUGUGAGGCACAAACUCUCGGAUGCGAUUUCGGAAGUGUCAAAGGAAGAUUGCUCGCCACCAGGCAGUUGGAACGAGUUGAUUCCUGCUUUGUUUGCAGCAUCCAAAAACCCAGACCCAAGUUUCCGAGAGUCUGCGUUUAGAGUAUUCUCCGCAACUCCAGAAUUAGUUGACCAUUCGUAUUUGAACGAAGUGUUGCCAAUUUACAAUGCUGGAUUUGAAGAUGAAAGCGAUGAUGUGCGUAUUGCGGCGUGUGCGGCAUUUGUUGCAUUUUUCAAAGAAUUGCCCAAGAAAGCAUGGCCCAGCUUGUCCCCAUUAUUGCCCAACUUGUUGAAUUCUCUUCCAAGAUUUUUGCAAAACGGACAAGACACGGCGUUGGCCUCUGUAUUGGAGUCCUUGAUUGACUUGGUCGAGUUGGCACCGAAAAUGUUCAAGGAUAUGUUCCCCACAAUUAUUGAUUUCUGUGCCGCUGUAUCCAAAAACAAUGAAUUAGAAUCGGCUACCAGAAUGGCUUCAUUGGAAUUGCUCACUACUUUUUCAGAGGUGGCGCCAGCUAUGUGUAAACGUACACCUUCUUACACGGAGCAAAUCGUCCUCAUUACUUUGUCGAUGCUCACUGAGGUUUGUAUUGACGAUGACGAUGCCGCUGAGUGGAACAACAAUGAUGAUACUGAGGAUGACGAUGAAGAGCCAGAGUACGAUGCUGCUAGACAAGCAUUGGAUCGUGUCAGUUUGAGACUCUCUGGCCAGUCCAUGGCAGCACCAUUAUUUCAGUAUUUGCCAUCUAUGAUUCAGUCGCAAAAUUGGAGGGAGCGUCAAGCAGCAUUAAUGGCCUUGUCCUCGGCUGCAGAAGGAUGCUCCGAUGUGUUGACUUCUGAAAUACCCAAACUCUUGGAUAUGGUCUUGCCCACUAUCAAUGAUGAGAAUUCUAGAGUUGAGUAUGCAUGUUGUAAUGCCUUGGGUCAAAUGUCCACAGAUUUUGCUGACAUUAUUCAAAGAACUUCAGGUGACAGAAUAUUACCAGCAUUGAUCUCCAAAUUGACAAACAAAUCAGUGCCAAGAGUGCAAGCACAUGCUGCAGCUGCAUUGGUAAAUUUUUCUGAGGCCGCAUCUAAGGAGAUCUUGGAACCUUAUUUAGAUGAUCUUUUGAACAAUCUAUUAGGUUUAUUGCAAUCUCCAAAGAGGUAUGUGCAAGAGCAAGUCUUGACCACUAUUGCCAUAAUCGCAGAUGCUGCUCAAAAAACAUUUGUCAAGUACUACGAUACCUUGAUGCCACUCUUAACCAAUGUCUUGCAAACUGAUAUGGGUGACGAGAAUAGACUACUCAAGGGAAAAUGUAUUGAGUGCUCUACAUUAAUUGCAUUGGCUGUGGGUAAAGAAAAGUUUGAGCCUCAUAGUCAUGGUCUUAUUCAGCUUUUUGGACACUUGCAACAAACUGCGACACAAGACGAUGAUCCAGUGAAACAGUAUUUGGAGCAGGCUUGGGGUAGAAUAUCUAGGAUUUUGGGUAAGGACUUUUUGCCUUAUAUCCCUUCCGUUUUACCACCUUUAAUGGUUACAGCUAAAGCAUCGCAGGACAUUUCGUUGCUUGAAGAAGAUGAGGCUGAGGAAUAUAGCAAUAAUGAAGAAUGGGAAGUUAUGAACUUGUCGGGCAAGUGGAUUGCAGUGCACACUGCUGCAUUAGAUGACAAAGUUACGGCUAUGGAUUUACUUCGAACCUAUGCUAUCCAGCUUAAGGGUGAUUUCUUUCCUUGGGUGAAGGAGAUUGCGGAGGACAUUGCGUUGCCUGGCUUGGACUUUUAUUUGCAUGAUGGGGUUAGAGGCUCUGCUGCAUUGACGCUAGCUUCUUUGUUGAGAUGUGUUGUUCUUGCAAAAGGUAACGAUUCCCAAGAUGCGCAUCUUCUUUGGUCAAAGAUUUGCGAUAAACUCACUGAAGUUUUAAAAUCAGAGCCUGUUCCAGAGUUACUCGUUGCUUACUACACGGCUUUAGUUGAGUGUAUAAACUCGUUGGCGGCGAACUCUAUAUCUUCCCACCAAUUACAGGAACUAAGCACCACUAUAAAUACAAAUAUGGUUGAGAUUAACGAGCGUAUCAAGGCCAGAGAUAAUGAAGACGAUGAAUACACAGAAGAUGUUGAGGAAGACGAAGAAGAGUACACCGAUGAGGAAUUGUUGGACGAGAUCAACAAAGCCAUUUCUGCCAUCUUUAAGAAUGCAAAAGCCAGCGCAUUGGAAAAUUUUCAAGGCUUGAUUCCAACUGUCACUACAUUUAUCAACGACGAAAACUCAAGUUUGAAGUUGUGUGGGUUAUGCAUUGUAUGUGACCUUUUGGAGCAUGGUGGUCCUAAUUCAGCCGUUUUCCAAGAUUCAUUCUUGGGUGUUUUGAGUAGCUCUUUGGCUUCUCCCCAUGCUGGCGUACGUCAAGCAGGCGCAUACGCUGUGGGUGUUGCAGCUCAGUUUGGUGGCGACAACUACGGUAACUUUUGCGUCAGCUGCUUGGAACUCAUGUUCAAGAUGUCGAGUGUUCCCGAUGCACGCGCUGACGAGAAUGUACAUGCUACCGAAAAUUCCAUAUCGGCAAUUGCCAAAGUACUUCAUAGAUACUCAACCAUGAUUCCUAAUAUUGACACAUUGCUUAACCAAUGGAUCAAUUUGUUACCGGUUGUACAGGAUGAAAGCGCUGCGCCAUUUGCUUAUGUCUUUCUCUCGGAGUUGAUGGACAAUAAUCAUAGCGUUAUUCAACAAAAUGUGCCAAAGGUGGUUGAUUCGGUGAUUCAAGCCUUGGCUCAUGCGGCAAUCUCGGGAAAUACCGCAAACAAAAUUGUGGCUUCUACAAGGCGGUUGUUGGGCUCUAUCCCUCACGAAGAAGCAGUUGCAUUGCUUCUGAAGAAUCCUUCAAACAUGGACGUUGUCAACAAAUUCUUUAGCUAG